UUGGGCAUAGUUUUGAGGGGGAUGACGGGGGGAAAUGCACAGGCUGCUCAGGCCUUAUCGCCUAAUCUUCUAGGUGGCAUUUGGUGGAGGUACGCGGUGUCUGGAGGCGUUUGUCCGUGCGCGUGCAUUCGGUUUGAGCGCGGGAGUCCAGUUGCUAUGCUGGACGGACGACGGUGACAGCUUCGUGGCCAAGGAUCAGGAAGCUUCGCUUAUGGACACCGCUACCGUCGGUCGGGUUGGCGGUGAACCGUCGACCGAGGUCUACAAGGCGUCGCAAACCGUAGCAGAUGGUGGGGCGUCGGUGGCCGUCAACGAUGGAACGCAGUCAGGAGCCCCUAAGAAGUACUACCGGGCACCACACCACAGGAUCUUUGUCAACCGAAGCCUGCACCUGGACAAGAUUAAGUUCUUCGGCUUUGACAUGGACUACACCCUGGCUCAGUACAAGUCUCCCGAUUACGAGGCGUUCCAGUUCCACCUGCUCGUGGAUCACCUGCUCUCUAUCGGGUAUCCCACUGAGCUGAGGCAGUUCCAGUACGAUUCGACCUUUCCCAUCCGGGGCCUCUGGUUCGACACGCAAUAUGGCAAUCUGCUCAAGGUGGACCCCUAUGGAAACAUCCUGGUUUGCUGUCAUGGCUUUCAGUUCCUCAAGACGGGGGAGAUCUACAAGCUGUACCCAAACAAGUUCAUCAAACUGGACGAGUCGCGGGUGUUUGUGCUCAACACGUUGUUCAACCUGCCAGAAACCUACCUGCUGGCUUGUUUGGUGGACUUUUUCUGCACUUCACAGCAGUACAUCCCCACCAAGACUGGAGUGAAGAUUGGCAGCCUGUUCAUGUCCUACAAGUCCAUCUUCCAAGAUGUUCGGGGUGCAGUUGAUGCCAUUCACACCUAUGGCCAACUGAAAACUGAGACAGUAAACAACCUUGACAAGUACCUGGAAAAGGACGAGAGGCUACCUCUGCUCCUGGAUAGGAUGCGUGCUCACGACAAGAAGUUGUUCCUGCUCACCAACAGUGACUAUGCAUAUACGGCUAAAAUCAUGCAGUACCUGUUCGACUUCCCAAACACCAAACACCGGAGCUGGGAGUCGUACUUCGACUACAUCGUGGUGGAUGCCCUGAAGCCUCUGUUUUUCGGCGAGGGCACCAUCCUACGACAAGUGGACACGACCACUGGGGCACUGCGCAUCGGAAGCCACAUUGGACCCUUGCAGUUGGGCCAAGUCUACUCGGGAGGUAGCUGCGACGUAUUCACAGAAUUUGUUGGGGCCAAGGGCAAGGAUGUACUCUAUAUCGGAGACCACAUCUACGGGGACAUUCUCAAGUCCAAAAAGACUCGUGGCUGGCGCACAUUCCUCAUGAUUCCCGAGCUGGCACGGGAACUGCACGUCAGCAUCUCCCAAUGGACUCUCUUCGAAAAGCUUCAGGAGCUGGACAUCUGCCUGGGCGACAUCUACAAGAACCUUGACAGCAGCUCAACUGACGUUCCGGACAUCAGCAAGCUUCGGCAGUCCAUCCGGGAAUCUUCACACGAGCUCGACAUGUGCUAUGGGAUCCUGGGCAGCAUGUUCCGCAGUGGUUCUCGGCAGACCUUCUUUGCUGACCAGAUCUGUCGCUACGCCGACAUCUACGGUUACACAUUUGUGAACCUCAUGUACUACCCGUUCAGCUACAUGUUCCGGGCGCCACCGAUGCUGAUGCCACACGAGUCGACUGUGGAUCACGAGCAGGACCCGACGCACCAGAUGAACGGCGAGAGCCCGGCCGACGGGGAAGGCAAGUGCAACGCGGAGCAUGUGCGCAGAUUCUCCAAGAGCGAGCAGGUUCCACUGCGCAUGCCCGAGGCUCCCAGUUCCAUCACACACCACCAUGACACUGAUGACGAUGACGAGGAGGCGGAAAAGUCGGCCGAGCCACGUCCGUAGGCAACGGCUGCGUCCCCCAAGACCCCCGCGGGUAUAUGCACGCCGUGUCUCUGGCGGUAAACGAGUGGCCUUAGCUGGGCUACCAUGGUCUUCCCCUGCUGGGAGGGGGCGGCCCCCUGCGGUUGCAGCCCUCUGCGGUUGCUGCGUUGAAGGCUGCCCCUUGCAUGCGUGAGGGAGACCUCCGGCCCGGCACGUGUGCCGUUGGUUGGCGUGUCUGUGGUGUGAAGUUUUUGGGCAGGUGCCCCUGGCCCCACAAGCACGGCCAGAAGAGCAGCUUGUGGGGCACAGUACGCGAGCCUUUUUUUCUUGCGCUUGUUUUGGCUUCUUUUACAUGCCAAAGCACGCACUCUUUCUUAACUCUCUUUUAUUCCUCCUCCGAGAAUGUAACUCUGUGCUGUUGUUCUGCUUGUACUGGCCCUCUUUUAGGUAAUAAAUGCUAUUUUCAAGAAUUCUGAA